AGAGAGCGAGAGAGAGAGAGAAGGGGAGACGGCGCCUCUGAUUGGCCAAGUGGUUACCUCGGAUAUUCCCGUUGAUGGUCGGGAUGUCUCCUGGACGCGGCAACAUGGCGCCUCUCGGGGAGUGAGGCAGAGGCGCCUCCAAUGGGGACAGCCCUCGGUGCGGGUUCGCGGCCGCUUUCAAGUGCUUAACUCUCUGUCUAGUCCGUGAGAGUGAGUGAGCGCGCGCGGGAGCAUCGCUGCAGGAAGCUGGAAUUUCGGGCAGAAAUAUGUCAGGCGAGGCCGGCAAGAGGCAGUUCUGGAAGAGGAAUGUGUCCAAGGUCCCCGGAAGUAUACAACAUGUAUAUGGAGCUCAGCAUCCUCCAUUUGAUCCUCUGCUACAUGCAAAUUUAUUUAAAGCAAAUACAAAGACACUGUCAACAGCAGUAAAGACAAAGAAAGUUACCACUUUCCAAGAAUUUGAAAGUAUUACCAGUGAUGCUUGGGAUGCUGGUGAUGACGAUGAUGAUGACCUCUUGGCUAUGGCUGCUGAAAACCUGAACACCGAUGUUGUAAUGGAAACAGCCAAUAAAGUAAUUCAGAAUCACAGCAAGCUGCAGGAACAGAAGCAGCAGGAUGAACAAGUAGAGGCAACACCGGAACAAUUACAUAGUCCAGACCCAGCAGAAUGCAGUAUAAUUGACAAAAUUGUGAAGUCUAACAGUGAAGCGCAGCUUGACACAUCAACAGGUUCAGAUGGUUUUGAGAAGACUCCUCUGCAAAAACAGCAAUCCCUGCCUUCUAGACCAACGAUUCCACUGGUAGCAAGAAUUACGGACCAGAAUAUAUCAGAUGCUCCAUUAAUGACAGAAAGAGAAAUGUCUCGGCUAGAAAAAUUCAGAUAUCUACUGGCAGAACCAAACACUGAUCUAGAAGACUUAAGAAAAUGCAGCUGGUCUGGAAUCCCAAAGCCAGUUCGACCCAUUACGUGGAAGCUUCUUUCAGGUUAUUUACCUGCAAAUGUAGAAAGAAGACUCUGCACUCUGCAGCGAAAGAGGGAAGAGUAUUUUGCUUUCAUUGAGCAAUAUUACGACUCUAGGAAUGAUGAACAUCAUCAAGAUACUUAUCGGCAGAUUGCCAUAGAUAUUCCUCGUAUGACUCCUGAGAGUUUAAUACUACAGCCAAAAGUAAGAGAGAUUCACAUUGACAUUCCAAGAACUAAUCCUCUAAUUCCUCUCUUUCAACAAGCUUCAGUGCAAGAGAUCUUUGAACGCAUUCUUUUCAUAUGGGCUAUACGGCAUCCAGCCAGUGGAUAUGUUCAAGGGAUAAAUGACCUUGUUACACCUUUCUUUGUAGUCUUCAUUUUUGAAUACAUUGAAGGAGAGGUGGAACAUUUUGAUGUUUCCAGCCUGCCUGAAGAAGUGCUGCGGAACAUUGAAGCUGACAGCUUCUGGUGCAUGAGCAAGCUGCUUGAUGGGAUUCAGGACAACUACACUUUUGCACAGCCAGGGAUUCAACGGAAAGUGAAAGCAUUACAGGAGCUUGUUAGCCGGAUUGAUGUGCAAGUACAUAAACACUUACAUCAGUAUGAAGUUGAAUACCUGCAGUUUGCUUUCCGUUGGAUGAAUAACCUGCUGAUGAGGGAGCUUCCGCUGCGAUGUACUAUCAGGCUGUGGGACACAUAUCAGUCGGAGCCUGAAGGGUUUUCCCAUUUCCACCUCUAUGUCUGUGCUGCUUUUCUCGUUCAGUGGAGAAAAGAAAUCUUGGAAGAGAAAGACUUUCAGGGACUGAUGAUUCUUCUACAAAACUUACCGACGAUGCACUGGGGUAAUGAGGAGAUCAGCGUUCUCCUGGCAGAGGCUUACAGGCUAAAAUAUGCAUUUGCAGAUGCACCAAAUCACUACAAGCGAUAAAACCAAAAGGAAGAAGAAAAGACUAAAAUCUAGCUUUCCACAUUUAUCUCAACUCUUUUCAGUUAAAUUGCAAAGUAAUUUAAUUUGUUUGGACUUGACAUGUUGUCUACAUAGAAUUUUUUUUUGUCAAUUUACCUAACGUUUCUCAGUUCAGUUCAUUUGUCGCAAUAGUUCAAGCUGAUACAUUUCAGGCGAGGUUUGAGCAAACUGCUAAGUAUGUGGAGAGGUUGCGGUGGUGAAAAUCAAUCUCUUGCUUGGGAGGAAGUAGCAUCAAUAUAGUAAUGCAAUAUGUGGCUUUCCAAGUACACUGCUAAGGAUUGGUUUUAAUUUUUUUUUCUCUGCUUAUUUUAAUCAUUACAGUAGUUAUUUUGUUACGCUGUGUUCACCCAGGAUUGUGCCUCAGUGUAGGUAGUAUAAUAUUAUCAUUCUGUGGGGUUAAUUUUGCAGUAUUUCUUAAUUAAGAAAUCUUAAAAUACAAUAAAAUUAAUUUUUAUGUGGUCAGCAGAAGAAACCAUUUGGUGAAUUUAUCAGAAAUCCUGUUAACUCUCACACAAAACUCCCACAAAAAUUGAUGAACUUAUCAGAGGACCUCCCAUUUAAGAAGUACUGUUAUCACUAAGAAAUUAACUAGCAAUAUGAUAGUAAAAUCAUUGUUGAUUUCUAUUCCAACUUCCAGAAAUUGAUAUAGUGCCUAACAUUCAAUGAAAUAUGUUGUUGAAAUCUGCUAUAACUAAAUACCUUAAAUGUUUGUCUUCAAGUGGAAUAUUGUUUUACGAACAACUUAAAUAACUUGUCAUUCAUAUAUAAACUGAAUCAAGAUUGAACAAUGAAUGAGCUGAUAGAAUCUGUACUAAAUAGCUUUGGUUGUCCACCCCCCCUCUCCCCCUCCAAUAAUAUUUGUAUGCCAGUUUGUCAUCUCCUAUUACUGCAACACAUUCUAAUGUACCAAAGAAUCUACAGUAAUGUUUGUUUAUGGCUCUCGUUUAUAUAGGAAUUAUGUAAUUGACAUUCUGCUAUAGCAAUUUAUAUGACUUCCAAAGACCAUUUUACAGAAAGGGGGCUGCUGAAUCUGCUUCGAACUAAAGUAACUGUCAUACAUGAGACACUUGAUUGUCACAGUGGAAUAUGUUCUACCCAAUCCGAAAAUUGUGAAGUGUGGAGCUCAUUGACCUAUAUACUACUUACAUUAUUGUAAAUAGAAAUGUAUUCUAACUAGAAUAAAGGAUAAUAACAAUUGCAUUUAAAAAGUGUGGAUGCAAAUUUCAAAUCCAUUACUUUGCUUUCAAGAUAAAUUCUUUAAAAUAUUAUGACUGAAUUGACAAAAGGUACCACAAGAAAUUAGCCAACUAAUUUGAAAUGAAGGAACAAUGCAGUAUAUUUUGCAGCAGGAAGAUGCUCCAACAACAUUUAUUUUCUAAUUAUGUGUCCCUGGAGUCAGAGUGAUGUUUGUGAUAUACUGCGCUUCCAGCCACCAGAAGAAGACCCUACUUAGAUUAUUUUAGUUUAAAAAAACUCCUACAAAAAUUGACCUCAUUAACUAGCGUUGGAUUUCAGCUGUAUUUCUAAAACAAUAGAACCGCAUCAAAAUUGAUCAUAACAUGCAAUUGUACUUGACCUUCCUCCGCUAACUAACUGUUAGCAUUGUGCAUGGAGAGUAACAUAAAGUAGGACAUAACAUUUCCAUUUAUUCACUUCAUUACAAAAAAAGACAACUUUACAAAGACCACUGGAGAAAUUAUUUAAUGUCUAUAGAACCUUGCAUAAGAAAUGUCCAGUUCUUUUUUUGUAAUUCAGAAAAUGGCAGCUAAGGAUGCACACAAAUCAUAUUAACUUAGUUUUCAGAUAGCAAUUUGGUCCUCUGUAGCUGGGUAGCAAAAUAGUUUUUAUUUCCUCUCUGUGACUUUGCAUCCAACUUAGCAUAUGGGAUCAGAGGAGGGAAAAUCAGGGCUAGCUUUUUAGCGAGGGUGCAAUGAUAUUUUAUUCUGGAGUGUUUUCUAUGUUUGUAAAAUUGUGCAUCUAAGAGACGCAAUUAAAACUGAUGCAAAAUGCUUA